CAAAAUAAGAAGGCGGAAGGGCACUGGAAGCGGAGGGUCCUUGUCCUUUUCUUAUAAACCCUGACAGACUAUCCGUUCCGAACCCUAGAACUUUUAAGAGACAAAUACGCUUUUGUUUUUCUCGGCCCCCAAGAAAACUGUCUCACUCUCUCUCUCUCUCUCUCUCUCUCUCUCUCGAUUGUAAUCAAUUCGAACCCGAUCGUUGUCCUCCGCAAUCCGUCGAUUCUGUUGCUUCCACUCCUCCUCGCCGCCCCAAUUUUCAUUUUGAAGAUAUUGAGGAUACAUAAAGAAGAGAAAUAUGGCUGCUACAGUGCAUCAAAACCCAAGACUUGUUCAAAACUUUGCUCGGAAUUUUUCUCUAUGGUCAAUGAAGAAGGACCCAUAUCUUGAAUCUGCUCUGUCAAAAAAUCGCCGAUGGAUAGUGAAUAAUCAAAUAAAAAACAUCAUCCUUAGGUGUCCUGAUCAGGUAGCAACAGUGACAUUCAUUCAGAAGAAGUUCAAGACCCUUGAUCUUCAAGGAAAGGCUCUCAAUUGGCUCAAAAAAUACCCAUGUUGCUUUCAAGUCUAUUUGCAAGGCGAUGAGUAUUACUGCCAGCUAACUAAACGGAUGAUUUCUUUGGUAGAAGAAGAAGAAUCUGUCAAAGAUAUGCAGGAACCUGUGUUUGUAGAGAGAUUAGCAAAGUUGCUUAUGAUGAGCUCCAAUCAAAGACUAAAUGUUGUUAAGCUUAAUGUACUGAGGCGGAACUUUGGUUUCCCAGAUGACUAUUUAAUUAGACUUGUGCCAAAGUAUUCUGAUGUGUUUCGGAUUGUUAAUUAUAGCGGGCGGCGGAGUUCCAUGGAGAUUGAGCUGGUGUCUUGGAAUCCAGAUUUGGCAGUUUCUGCUAUAGAAGCUUCGGCUCACAAGCAAGGAACUGAGCCAUGUUUCACAUGCUCAUUGCCUUCAACUUGGAGCAAGUCAUGGGAAAGAUUCCAUGAAUUUAAUGCGACUCCUUAUAUAUCACCUUACUUGGGCUCCACAGGCUUUGUGGAGGGAUCAAAGGAGAUGGAGAAGAGGACAGUGGCUUUGGUACAUGAGUUGUUGUCAUUGACUCUAUGGAAGAAAUCAUCCAUUAUGAAGCUGGCACAUUUUCGGAGGGAGUUCAGUUUGCCCGAGAAAUUGAAUGUUUUGCUGCUUAAGCACCCCGGCAUAUUCUAUGUCUCAAAUAAGUACCAGAACUAUACUGUCCUUCUUAGAGAAGCUUAUAAUGGGCAAGAACUGGUUGAUAAGGAUCCACUUGUUGUUGUGAAGGAGAAAUUUGGGGAACUUAUGCAGGAGGGGCUUCAUGAAUAUAACCGUAGGCGUCAUUUGGUAAAUCUAGAAGAAGAAGAAGAGAGGGUGGUUUUGGGUAGAUCAAAUGAAGGCAAGGACGUGAGCUCUGAGAUGUCUGACCCCGAGGAUCAGGGAGACACAGGAGGGUUGUUUGAUCCAGAAGAACGAAAGCGAUUCUAUAAAGUUCUCUUUGAUGACGGUGCCCCAUGACAAUAUCAUUCGGCAAGGAAGGAAUGAAACUUAUCCAACCGCUUGGCAAAGAGGAGGAAUCAAUAUCACCAGAAGAUGAUGUAGAAAACAAGCAAGCCCACUGAGGCCGGACUCCCAGUCCCCACUGCCUCACGUCAGCAAUGGCCAUCACCGUCUGUUCAUCUGGUUGAUAUUGUAUAUAGCCACUGUUUUACAAUCCUUCUCCUCAUUGGAGACUGCAAUCAGAUGCAAUAUCGAAUAGUCAUGGCGGUGCUUUCUAUGUUCCCUGCAUUGUGGGUUUGCAAUUCGGCUUGGUCUUAUAAAUGUUGUAAUAUAACAAGUCCUGCUUUAUUGUGCUGGCCUUGUGAUCUGCAGAAGUUAGGAGUAAGCUCAAGCUGGCUGAGAAAAAAAGUCGAGCAGAUGUUGGAGAAAUUUUUUCAAUAUUCAAGCUGGUACUCCCUGUGUGACCGCAGGGGAUGUCCCAAAGCAUACCAUCCUUCAUGUGUUAAUUGUGAUGAGGCCUUCUUUCGAGCCAAGGGUCGAUGGAAUUGUAGUUGGCACCUUUGUAGCAACUGUGAAAAGAGUGCACACUACAUGUGUUAUACAUGUACCUUUUUCCUUGUGCAAGGCGUGUAUCAAAGAUGCUGUUAUCUUAUGUGUUCGAGGAAACAAAGGCUUCUGUGAGACAUGCAUGAAAACUAUCAUGAUGAUUGAAAAGAAUGAGCAAGGAAACAAGGACAAGGAUGAAGUGGAUUUUGAUGAUAAAAGCAGCUGGGAGUACCUCUUCAAGGAUUAUUGGAUAGACUUAAAAGAGAAGUUAUCUCAGUUUGAUGUCCAGGCUCUCUUGCUGGAAUAUAUAAAAAGGAACAAACUUCGUGACCCUCGGCGAAAAAGUCAGAUAGUUUGUGAUACAAGGCUUCAAAAUUUAUUUGGGAAUCACUUUCUUGUAAAAGAAGAUGCUCACGCUGAUGAUCUUCAAGGGAGUGUUGUUGAUACCGAUGACAAUCAGUUGGAGGUUGAUGGCAACUCUGAUACCCCAGCACAGGCCAGUAAAGAUAAGAGACCUCAUUCUAAUAUGGACGACUUUGCAGCCAUUGAAAAUAUAUCAUUUUCUUCAUUUGUAUAAAGACACGUGUCAUAAAUUCAAUCGAAGACCGGUAGUUGAAAAAAUUUCUGUAGAUGAUGGGUCUAUCGAGCAACUUGGGAAGGCCUGGUCUUCCUUUACCGCCAAGUUUUUCAGACUUAAUCUGUUACACUUGUUAAGUAACCAAUUACUAGGAGCUGCAAAUCAGUAAUUCAUUGACAAUGUGAAAUUAGCUUGUGAAACUUGCAGUACUUGGACUAGAACCAAACAACCAACCACCCAGUUUGGUCCCAC